AUGCCACCAACCCCAACUUCCCAAAAGAGACAUCGCUCCCCGCAUCUACAGGGGUGUCGUAUUCAAACCCACAUGAACACCCACGUACUUCAAAUAACCUUCUUUUAA